CUUAUCACGCCCAUUCAUUUAUUUGCUACUGAAUCCCAACAACAAACGCGACUCUGACGCCUCAUAUUAGCUUGUAUCACAGUGGUUUAUCUUCUACCCGUCAAAAAGUAGUGAUCGCUCCUUCUCUUCCGCGCCUUGACGUCGAAUACACGCGCACAUUCCAACUCGGUCCCGACAAUGAAGAUGGAGGACUUUGUCUGUCCGUCCGUCACAUUCCAACCAUUAUGCCCCCCACAUCUUAGACUUCCCCAGGACACCAAGUUCCGAUUCACCCCAGUCAAAUCCUUCUCCCAACCAGCUCCCCACCUUUGGGACCGCAAGCCUUCUACCUCGUUUCGCGCACGCGGUCGGUCGCGCAAGGUCUGGAAGCGCUUCCGCACCUCCUUCAACAGCAUGAAAGCUCUGCAGCAGAUUACAGUCGGCGAGCGACACGCGAUCGAUGAGGAACUCCAGCUCGAGAUCAAUAGUAUGAGGAAUCCGGUACUCAUCCGCGGAGUCAAGCGGAGAUGCUUCGCGUUGGACCCGGAUGACCUUGCCAGCGGAAACUCACGAGGAAGGUCAUUCCUGGAAACGCAUUGGGAAUCUGAGUCGAAAGGACGACGACGAAAGCUGCCACUUGUUUAUAGCGAUUUUGUGGACAUUGCCGAUGAACCGAUGGAGUCAGACAGUCUAAGGCCACAUGACAUUGUCGAAGAUACAAGCGACGAGCAAGACGCGUCCACGUCGGUACACGAGAACCUUGUUAUCAGCGAGCUGGACGAAUUAGCGACCGGCGACCUUCCGGAGACCCCUACGAAAUUGGUGCCCGGUGCGCCCUACCCCCGCAUGUUACCUGGUGACUCGGAUGGCUUGUCCGCCGGUUUGGAUUGCGACAUGACAAACAUAAAAGGACACGAGACCAGUCAUGCUUCCCCGUUCACCUUGUUUAGUCCGGUGGUUGGAGUCUCGAGUCCUGCUACGCCUGCUACAAAUACUGCGGGGAAGGACAGUCAUGAUUGUGAUGCUGCUGCUACGGUUAAGGAUGUACUGUUGAGCGCAACCAAGGAGGGAACCAAGGAGGGCUCGAGCUCGGAGACUGCCGCAGUUGUCCCUGAACUCACCGUUGAGCAGGAAUCGACGCUUGUGCGCUCGGCUCUACGCAGCUCGUUGGGCGGAGAAGACGCCGAGCUACUCAGCAACUUUCUUUCCAAGGCCCAGGCGAAGCGUGACGCCAAGGCCGCUGCUGCUGUCGCUGAGAUCAAAGUUGCUGAAGCCGCCGAGAUGGCUGUGAAGAAGGCCGCACCGGUCGAGAAGGAAGACGAGGGCAAGAAGGUGGAGGAAGCCUCGCCCGUCGAGCUUCCCACUCCGCCAUCCCGUCGCGCGCUGGAAGAUCUCGAUGCCAACUCGCCAUCGCCACAAAAACCGCAGCAAAUUUCGCCGACCAAGCUUUGCGAAAACGAGGUUCAAAACACCGGGAGCCCGCGCCGCAGCACCCGGCCCCGUGCCCCGCCAGUACGCCCCUCUACCGUGGCGGCUGCGGUGCGCAACACCUUCUCCCUCCGCCGUGCCAAGGGCAACGAAUUUAUUUUCCUUCAGCGGACUGAGGCUCAAGAGCUCGCCCUUACCACGAAACGCAACACACGCCUCAACAAGGGCACCUCCACCAUGCCAAAACAAACGCUCCAUGUUCUCCAAGUUCGCGGAAGCUACACUACCGCGAUCGGUGACGACAAAACCCAGGCUAAUAUCUCGGCUCGGGAAAUAACCAAGGCCAAGAAGCAUGUGUCAUGGAACAAUGACCGACUCGUGGAGUUCGAGGGCGAAGAUGCCAGUGCGACCGACCGCAAACAUGACGUCGCCGAUGCCAGUCGCGGGGUAACGCAUCUGCGCAGCACAGACAAAUCCUCUGGUGUGAUAAGGAAGGCAGCCAGUGGCCGCACGACGCGGUCGCAGUCGGGGCAGAAGACUGGUGGUGCAACGGGCUCCGAUGCAGCAACUACUGCACCCGCUACUGCAGCUCCGCGGGCGCGGCGCGGGCGCGAAGCGUCCAACACCGAGACCACGGCCGGCGCUGCUGCCCUCGCAGUCGCUGCUCCUCCCGCCUCUUCCCCAACCUCGUCGUCUGCAUCCUCCAGUACUGAUAGUCCUCUCGGCCAACGCAAGAAGCUGAUCCCCAAGGCUCCCCGCAAAGCGCCCGAGACCCCGUCUAAGGGUAGCAGUGCCACCGCCCGCACGACUAGCAGCAGCAGCAAGACAUCACUCCGCAGCAGUAGCACCAAGACGACUUUGUUGAAGGUCAAUGCGGGCUCGACUCCGGUUGCGAGACGGAUUCGUUCCCGCUCGUGAGGGGCAGGAAGGCUUGUGAUGCAUGAUUGUCUGUUUAUAUGUACAUAACAGCAUGGUGGCGUGAGUUAUUACUGGAUGCAUGGGAUAGGCGCUUGGUUGUUUUAUCACUCCUUCAG